UUUUUUUUUACUUUGUAUUGAAAUAUAAUAUUCAUACAGAAAAAUGCACAUACCACAAGUACACUGACAGCCAAAAAACCGGAUGAGGAAGGGAGUAUUUUUAAGUGUUAAUAUGGAGGUUCCGUUUUUCUUUGCAGAGCAAGUUGCCGGCUCUAAUAGUACAGAUUUACCUUCUCUUAACUGUCACAUUAUUUCAAUUGAUCAUUUUCUGUAGACUGGCUGGUGACUGUUAGCUCAGAGCUAGCAAGUGUCACCCGGAGCAUAAUAAAGCACUGUGUAGUAAUGCGUCACAAGACCAUUUUUGCAUAGAGCUUAGCCAAGGCUUUUGGAACCGCCCUCAGUUGCACCUUGUGCUAUAUUAGUACUUCUCAGACAGGAAGAAUUUUCUUUUGCUGGCGUAGCUUGUCCGGUUACCUUCAGGAAGAUUGGAUAACCAAGAAAUGCCUAAUCAAGAUUCUGCUGUACAUGUGAAAAUGAUGCCUGAAUUCCAGAGAAGUUCAGUUCGGAUUAAGAACCCUGCAAGAGUAGAAGAAAUUAUCUGUGGUCUUAUUAAGGGUGGAGCUGCCAAACUUCAGAUAAUAACAGACUUUGAUAUGACACUGAGUAGAUUUUCCUAUGAAGGGAAAAGAUGCCCAACAUGUCAUUAUGUCAUUGACAACAGUAAGCUGGUUACAGAUGAAUGUCGAAAAAAGUUACUGCAACUAAAGCAAAAAUAUUAUGCUAUUGAAAUUGAUCCUGUUCUUACCAUAGAAGAGAAGUACCCCUAUAUGGUAGAAUGGUAUACUAAAUCACAUGGUUUGCUUGUUGAACAAGCUUUACCGAAAGCUAAACUUAAAGAAAUUGUGGCAGAAUCUGAUGUUAUGCUCAAGGAAGGGUAUGAGAAUUUCUUUGAUAAGCUCCAAGAAUACGGUAUCCCUGUGUUCAUAUUUUCGGCUGGUAUUGGUGAUAUACUAGAGGAGGUAAUCCAUCAAGCUGGGGUUUAUCACCCGAACAUCACUGUAGUGUCCAACUUCAUGGAUUUUGAUGACAAUGGAGUGCUGAAAGGAUUUAAAGGCGAACUAAUUCAUGUAUUUAACAAACAUGAUGGUGCCUUGAAGAACACAGAAUAUUUCAAUAGACUAAAAGACAAUAGCAACAUCAUUCUGUUGGGAGAUUCCCAAGGGGACAUAAGAAUGGCAGAUGGAGUAGCCAAUGUUGAACACAUCCUGAAAAUUGGAUAUCUAAACGAUAGAGUGGAUGAGCUUUUAGAAAAGUACAUGGACUCUUACGACAUUGUUCUAGUAAAAGACGAAUCAUUGGAUGUAGCCAACUCUAUCUUACAGAAGAUUCUAUAAACAAGCAUUCUUCGAGAAGACCUCUCUCCUGUGGGUGCAACUGAUGGGAGAACUGCUCACCUAUUCAUCUUGCUGAAAGACUUUUAUUUAUAAUGCGUUCUUGCUCUUGAAGUUUUUUUCUCUCCAUUACUGAGGUAUUUUUGGACAUAUUGAAUCCAUCAACUGGAAGCUCCUUUUUUUCCCCACCUCUCUCAACACACUCCUCAACUCUAUUUUUUAACAGAUAGAAAAAGAAAAUCGUAAAGCCAAAAUUUGAAAAAUAACUCCCUGCAUUUCCAGAGUUAAUUUUUUUAAUAUAAUGUUAUCAUGAGGUUUUUGAGGAAACUUUUUAUUCUGGGGAAGUUUGUAUAAGUUUAAAAAGAAGUUUUUAUGAAAUGGUGAAAUGUGCAUGAUUUUAACUGUUGCCAUUUUUGUAAUUGGGGUGAAUUAUGCUGAUAAUAUCACCGUCUCCUGAAAUUAUAUUUGGUUAUUCUGUUUCGUGAAAGUCAGUAUUUACCAGAAAAUAUUGGCACUCAGUGUUUGAAAAAAACCAUCUGUAUCCACAUGUCACUAGUCAUUACAAAAUGUUCUAUAUUGAAGCACUGAUAAUACAUAUGAAAUGAAAAGCCUUUUUAAAUUAUACUGUCCAGACAAUUAUUAUUCAUUUCUUCAACAAAUACCUAUUAAGCA